CUGUGACCCGGGUGUGGCGGCCCGUGGGGGUCCGCGGCCCCCGAGCCGGGAGGUGCGGGCCGGAGGCUGCGGCCGGACCAUGUCCUAGCAAGCGUGCAUUGAGUGCGGGGGGCCGUGACCGCGGGGCGAUGACUCCCUGGAGGCCUAUCGAUGGACAGUGACUGGCAGGGGACUCUGACCGCUGCGAGCGACCAUGAAGCAGCCGCCGCAAGGGCACGCGGACCGACGAGCAGUGACUUUGAGGGGCUGACGUGGAGACGAAUGUAAGAAAUAAUGGAUGCACACAGUUCAACCAGAAUCAAUUCAAGGAAGAGGAGGAAAGAGGGGUCUGGACCUAAUGGAGCAACAGAAGAAGAUGGAAUUCCUUCAAAAGUGCAGCGUGCUGCAGUUGGCUUACGGCAGCCAGCUCCUUUUUCUGAUGAAAUUGAAGUUGACUGUAAUAAGCCCUAUAUCAGGGUAACCAUGGAAGAAGCCAGCAAAGGAACGCCUUGUGAGCGGCCUGUGAGAGUUUAUGCAGAUGGAAUAUUUGACUUGUUUCAUUCUGGUCAUGCCCGGGCUCUGAUGCAAGCAAAGAACCUUUUCCCUAAUACAUACCUCAUUGUCGGAGUCUGCAGUGAUGAGCUGACGCACAACUUCAAAGGCUUCACAGUGAUGAAUGAAAACGAGCGCUACGAUGCUGUGCAACACUGCCGCUAUGUGGAUGAGGUGGUGAGGAACGCCCCCUGGACUCUGACGCCCGAGUUCCUGGCAGAACACCGGAUUGAUUUUGUAGCCCAUGAUGACAUUCCAUACUCUUCUGCCGGGAGUGACGAUGUUUAUAAGCACAUCAAGGAAGCGGGCAUGUUUGCUCCAACACAGAGGACAGAAGGUAUCUCCACAUCAGACAUUAUCACCCGAAUUGUCCGAGAUUAUGAUGUGUAUGCAAGACGGAACCUACAGAGGGGCUACACAGCAAAAGAGCUCAACGUCAGCUUUAUCAAUGAGAAGAAAUACCACUUGCAGGAACGUGUUGACAAAGUAAAGAAGAAAGUGAAAGAUGUGGAGGAGAAGUCAAAAGAAUUUGUUCAGAAGGUAGAGGAGAAAAGCAUUGAUCUCAUUCAGAAAUGGGAGGAGAAGUCCCGAGAAUUCAUUGGAAGUUUCCUGGAAAUGUUUGGUCCAGAAGGAGCACUGAAACACAUGCUGAAAGAAGGAAAAGGCCGGAUGCUGCAAGCCAUCAGUCCGAAGCAGAGUCCCAGCAGCAGCCCUACUCGAGAACGCUCCCCAUCCCCCUCUUUCCGCUGGCCCUUCUCGGGCAAGACUUCCCCACCUUCCUCCCCAGCAAAUAUUUCUCGGCGCAAGGCUGCAGCCUAUGAUAUCAGUGAGGAUGAAGACGACUAACUUUUCUUCCCUCGUUUCUUUUCCCUCCCUCUGUCCCAUCACCUUCAGAAGCGCUCUGUUGAAUUCCACGUUCUGAUCCCAACACUAAACCUAAGGACAACUACAAAGGAAAAGACAGCCGGGGCAAGAGGAGCUGAGGAUGGGGAAACCCAAACAGCCCAUCCUUUGACAGCCAGUCACCUACACCAAGGAGACUGAGUGUGCCUCAGAAGCCUGUUGCGCAUCCUUCUGCCCUCCCCAAGGACUUUGCGUUACUGUUAUGUUCAUGUGAUCUUGACAGGGAAAUUGUCAUUUUUAUUAAUUUUUUUAAAACUUAGCCUUUCAAAUAUAGUAAGUAGAACUAAUUUUUUGCCCCUGAGGAGUGGGCAGAAGAAGGAAGCGGUGUAAUACCCAGAGGCCUUUUCUUCCUAA